UUGCCCUCUAGUUUUCCCGUUUGUCUUUCCCCCAGUCGCCUGGUUGCUAGACGACCUGAUGUGAAACAAGUCACCUCCUCGGCGAGACAAAAGCAACUACUCGUAACUUGGAGACGCAAUGUCUCCAGCAAUCCAGCAGCGACCGGGUGGAGAACACGGACGAGUCGACGCGUAGUGAGCAGGGACCUCCAGUGCUAAUGCUAAUGCUAAUACGGACGCCGCGGUCCGUUUAAAGGGAAUGAUGGCUUAAUGCUAGCGAUGCUACCGUACUGUUGUGCUAGCCCUUUUGGAGAUUAAUAAAAAAACAGGGAGAAAAUGAAGACCGCCAACGAAGCCCACUCGUGUGUCCAGUCCACUUGAGUGCCAACGCAGGCUGACAUGUCCGCCUAACGUGCUCCCUGGUCAGCCACCAUCAUGUCCGGGGGGGCGAGCGACAUCCCGACCGACGAAGACUGCGAGGUGCCGCCAGACAAUGGCUUCUCGUACUCUGACGAUUUUUCGAAAAAGACACCAAAGAAGAAACUGGGCAAGCCUCCGCCUUCCCUCAGGUCCCCGUACCUCUCCAGCAUGAACGUGCACGCCAGGAAAGCAGCCAUGUCCGCCUGGAAGCUGCCGUGGACGUCGCUCUGUGACACGCCCGGCGGGGAGACCCACUCGACUCGCUUCACGUCCCUCAGCAACCACCGCGAUCGGCGAUCUGAGUGGGACAUGACACCAGAUUUUCCCAGACACACUUUGCCCAGCCGCAAGCAUCAUCAUUCAGCGCCCAACGUUGCCAGAGACAAGGAGGAAAUGCAUCACGAGAUCACGCUCCUCAAGAAGAGUCUCAACGAGCAGAAGUCUGACAACCAGAAGAUGAAAGUCAAACUUCGCCGUCUGGAAGAUGACAACGCCAAAAGGGAGAAGCAGCUGGAGGAGUUCCUGGAUCCCACCAAUAGGUCCGAGUACAUUCGCAGCCUGGUGGACAAGAAACCCGAGGGCAGUGUGGUGGUGAACGGACUGAAGCAGAGGAUACUCAAGCUGGAGCAGCAGUGUCGAGAGAAGGAGAACGUCAUCAGCCACCUGCAGAGCGAGUUGAGGACCACCAACCUGCAGGAGAUGAAGAUGACCGUGAAGAAGUACUUUGAGGAGAUCCAGAGACUCAAGUUGCUUCUGGAAGCGUCGGAGAAAAGCGGAAUAGCAGAGAGCAAAGUUUUCCGCAGGCAGCAGAAGGCGCUGAGCUCCACCGUGCUGCGUCUGUCCGAGGACCUCAAACAGCUGCAGCUGGACAACGCCACGCUCAGGGAGGAGCUGGACACCGACAGCCCGGCCGCCGGCAUCAAAGGCUACAAGGAGUGGAGCAAAUAUAGACUCUUGAGGAGACUGCUUGAACUGGAAAAGAGGCUGGAAGAGAGACUCCCCCUCAAAGCGAGGAAUCAAUUGGACCGGGAGUGUCAGACCGCGCCCGUUCACCUCGUGCACCAGGAAACUCAGACCGCGCCAGCCAAGCUCUCGAACCUGGCGGUCCAAACGGAGCGCGAGGACGUGACGACGCAGACCACCAAGGAGAAGGAGGUGUCCGACCUGCGUGGACGCGUGGAGCGGCUGGAGGCGGAGAGGACGCAGCUGCAGCAGGCGCUGGCCAGCAAACAGGAGGACUGGAGACAGACGAGGAGACGGCAGCAAGAUGCGGAAGAAGAAACCCGACGGCACGGCGACGACGAAGCCAGAGAGUUGAGGGCGGAAAAGGAAGAGCUGGAAAAGCGACUGGAGCGCUGGAGAGCCGAGCAGACGAGCGAGCGGGAAUUAGAGCGGCGCCGCCACCGGGAGGAAGUGCAGCUGCUGACGAGGAAAAGGGAGCAAGAGGACGAACGAUGGCGAGGCCAACUGGAAAGCGAGCGGCGGCAGCAGGAGUAUGUCAAUACGCUCUUUGAUUUGGCAAAGGCAGAAGCUAAGCAGAGCUGGCCGGGCCGGCUCGCCCUUGCCUCCAUCUUUGUCAGACAGGAAUUGGAGCAGCUGAGGAAACUGGUGGAGAUUCUGAAGGAGAAGGGAAACCAGUCCCGUGACGAAAGCCGGGCCAGUGCGCACCGGGAUGAGACGGACAAAGAUGACGACGAGUGUGAAGAAGAGGAAGAAGGACAUGACCACGGCGAGCCGGAUACGGAGACCCGGGCCUCCGGCGGGAACAACAAAAGUGAGGCUGGCGAUUCCACCAUUCCGCCCGGCGGAGGACUCCUGGAUGACGAGUCCUUGGUCAGUAUCCAGGCUGCGUUCAGGGGCCACCUGACUCGCACGCAACACCUUACGCACAGUUUACCAAAGGGAGCGCCGUCACAGUUGACGUUCCACACAAACGCCACAGUCGCUAAAAGGAGCUUGGACAAGGAAGCGCCGUGGCUUGCCUCCAGGACUCACAAACCGCUGACGCCCCCUAAAGACGCAGCCCAAUCAGAGGGGGACGCGGGAGACGAUGCCUAUUCGGAGAACUUGGACAACUCUGACGAUUCGGACGACAUCAUCGUGGCAGAGUCGUACCCUCGGAGAAACAGAGAGGCCCGGAUCCUGUGACCGCAAAGCGGCGACGCGCGGGGAAAAUCUCUCGCCACGUUUCCGGACCGUAAAGUCAACUCCGGACUUUGUUUUGCCAGUGGAACUCUUGCGUGAAAUCCAUCACUUCCCUCCUGCCGCCUAAGUGCCUACCAACGUGGACAUUCUCGUAGCUGAUAGCAAUAUAAAGCUUGUAGGGUUUUUUUUUUUUUUUUUUUGUACUGAGUGAGCCGCACUGGAAAAAUGUUUGAAUGAGCCUUCGAGACGUGUCUUUAAAAGUCUUACUGACACGGCGAUGUUAUUCCAAUACAGGUAGAGCACCGUUACUCACAGGCAACAUUAUUGUACUUUUUGUAAAUUAGUUUUUAAAAAAAAAAAAGACUUCUGCCACAUUUCAGUUUCGGGAAGCUAUCUAAUAAAUGAACGCCACGUCAGCCUGGAAAGUUGGAUGCUCUUCCCUUAUUUAUUUAUUUUUUUAAACAGCAAAAAUAAAAAGCGUUAUCGUUGUCAGCGCA